AUGGCAACUAACCAAAAUGAGCGACCAACCUUUCGUCGCGACUCUCCUUCACCCGAGAGAGCCCCUCGUCCAGCUAUAGGUUCUAAUCGGGCAGAUUCGGCUCGCUGUCUUUCGACCACAUCGUCCGCCUCCCGUGCCUCGAGUGCUGACGGUUCAUAUCGAGAUUCACUAGUUAGUGAUACAUCUAGGCUGUCCUCUUCAAGCUACGCCUCAUCGCGUUUGUCUACAAUAAGCCUAGAAAGGCCUCUAAAAAGACGUGGUUAUACCAAACCGCAAGGGACAGACUUUGCUACCAGUGCAAGGCAUCGAGAGAGUGUUCUGAGUUUGGGAAGCAUAUCUCAUCUUCAGUACUACUUUGCAAGGACAGGCUUGUUAGAUGGAAAAGGAGGACAGCUAGCAAGAAAAAGACACCCGAGAGCCACCUUGGACUUAUCACUGUUGGAUCCCUCUGCCGUGCUGAACCAGAAAGCCUCCGGCUCAGAUGUAGACUCUUCUUAUGCCUCGAUGGGUAGUAGCCCAGACCUUGGUCCUCAGAGUUUUGGCAAUGGUCUCAUGGUUGAGUCACCUAGCGAAGACCAAGAAGGAUUCUAUUGGGAUGAUUUCGAAGAUCCGGAUAUGGAUGUCUUACCACCGACUACGAGCACCUAUAAUCAUCGAGAGAAAUAUAUUCCUAAACCUCCUACAAUUGAGGAGAUGAAAGCAGACCUGACCAAGGCGCUAGACGCUGCCUCGAAAACACUUGUAGAGGCGGCACCAAUAAAUUCAAAUCGAUCUUCAGGGCAUGCCAAGCCAACACAAACAAUGUACGAAGUCCAAGGAGUACAGUUGCUCGACGUGAUGACAUUAGCUAUCCGCGCUGCAAAGAUAUACUACACGGCGCACGAGCAUCCAGACCGUUUGGACUCUAUCAAGUCCGAAAAGGAGAUCCGCUCGGAGCUGCUUUCUGUCAUGGAGGUAUUAAAACACAUGGCAACUAGGUGUUUUGCCGGCGGUCCUCGUGGCGAAGAGCACAAGACGAUGACUUCAUGGAUCGAAAGUAUACGCACCAUGCUUCGCAAAGAGGAAGAGAUAGAAAAGGCCGAACGUGCCGAGAGAGCCAGCUGGACGUGGAUAAAGGGUGACUGGUCGGGAAGAGAAAUCGAGCGCGAGAUUGCGUUUUUAAGCUCGAUUGAUACCGACGCUGAACCGUUGCCUCCAUGGACGCCAGUUGGUGAAGCGACACAGUUGCCAACUCCAUUCCUCGACAGCCUACAGAACGGCCUAAGGCUUGUUAAGCUUCAUAACACAGCAGUCAAGAAGUCACGGCGACGCUUUGGCGCCAUUGGAACUUUCCAUACGGAUACGCAAAAGCCGUACCGAUGCGCAGAGAACUUGCGAUACUGGAUUAAAGCGGCCGAGCUGCGAUAUGAAGUGAUGCUGAAGGUGGACGUUAUGGGAGUAGUGUACAACACCGACCCUCAAGUAUGGGUAGACUUCGAGGCGGCAAUCUGGAAAUGGUGUCGGACGGUGCGAGAGGAAAUCACAACCGAAUGGGAGAAAGCAGAAGCAGAAGCCGACGCUGAAGCGGAAGUGGAAUCACAAUGA